GUUUGAAAGAUGUUUUGGAAUCGGGAGGUACUACCGUGGCUGAUUUUCUCACUGAGUUCAAUGCAUCAAAAGCUGCUGAUCUUGCUGAAUUUACCCGUGGCCUCACCAGUAGCUCUAGAGACAAUUUAGGAUUUAAUACUGUAGCUCCCGAGAAAGACUGUGCUCCUGAUAAGCCCUGCAAGGAUGCUGGUAUAAAUGUCAAUGACAGUCAGGAGGCUGCUGAGGCUCAGGGGUUUGACACGAGAGAUGACAACCACAAACGAGCUGCGUCUGAGGUAGCCAGCUCUAUUGUGUCAAUCGGGUCUACCUCAUCGAGGCACUCCUCUUGUUCGCGCGCUUCUGUGUCGUCACUGAGGGCAAGGGAGCAGGCGAGGAAGGCAGGUCUCCGGGCAAGGAUCGACAUGCUGAAGGAGAAGCAGAAGUUGGAGGAGCAAGCAGUGGCGCAAGCAGUGGCAAUGAAAAUGAAGAAGGAAGAAUUUAAGCUACGCAUGGAAAUCGCAGAGGCUGAAGCAAGGGAGCAGGUCUUUGCCGAAGAAGAAACGUCGGUCGAUGCAAGAACAAGUCAACCACAUCUGGUAAGGUCUGCAUCACUCAUAAGCCAUGCAGCAUAUGACAACGAACAUGAAGAGAGUACAGCCAUAGUGGCAUGCAAGGAAGAAGCUAGAAGGUGGGAUGUAGAAGAAGAAGAGGCCAGAGAAAACAAUUCUCCCAAGAAUGAUGACAGGGAAGGAGACACGCUGAAGGAAGCUGGUGAAGAAAGAAGCAUGGUUCAACGACAGGUGAGCAAUGAGAAGUACCAACAUGUCGACACCACACAGGCACUCCUGACCCACCUCCAGAGAGGACAGUUACCGAAUGUCGAAAUUCCAGUGUUUAGCGGAGAGAUAACAAAAUACCGAUCCUUCAUCCGGGCCUUUGAAAGUCGCAUUUUGUCGAAAACCGAAGAUGACGAGGAGAAGCUGUUUUUCCUUGACCAGUACACCCGAGGAAAACCACGAGAUGUUAUAAGAGGCUGUUUGCACAUGUCACCUGGUGCAGGAUAUCGGGAAGCUAGACGGCUGCUAGAGCAGAGGUAUGGAGACGACGACUCUAUCACGAAUGCAUUCGUCGACAUGCUCAUGGAGUGGCCCCUGGUGAAGCCUGGGGACGUAGAGAGCUUGGAUAGAUUCGCAUUGACGCUCAGGUCCUGCCAUAACGCAAUGGGUGGAAUCACAUCAGAAGGGAGGGAAACCGACCACCCGAAGACGAUGCGGAGAAUACUUGGGAAACUUCCGUAUCAGCUGCAAGACCAGUGGCGCCGUUUGGCUGACAGGAUUCAAGAGGAAGAGAGGAGAAAGGCUAGGUUUGAAGACAUCGUCAACUUCGUGGAAAAGGAAGUAAGAAUACAAACCAAUCCAAUGUUUGGACGUCAACACAACAGCAAGAGCGGUGAGCUUGACGGUUCACGGAAGAACGUUCAAACCGUGUCGGCGACAGUCGUCGGAGCAGAUUCUGGACGUCAUCAGACCUCGCGAGUGUGCUUGUUCUGCUCCAGAGACCAUUGGCUAGACCAGUGUGAUGACCUUAGAACUUUGGCGCCUCAUGAGAAGAACAAAUUCAUCAGAGAGAAGGGUCUUUGUUAUGGGUGCUUGGGCAAGGGCCACCUGGUUAAGGAAUGCGCAAAAAGAAGAACAUGCACGAUCUGCAAGAUGCGGCAUCCUACAGUGAUGCACAACAGAUCACCGUCAUUGCCCGGUGCAAGCAAUGAUAAUGACAACCACGAGGGGGACAUCAGUCGGGACAACUCCAGUGCCAGCCAGUUGGUAACAAACGGCAGGGUAAAGCUAGACAGCGCUUUAAGGGCUAGCGCUGAGUCAACAUCCACAAUGAUGGCAGUACUACCGGUAAAACUGCUCUGUUCGGAUCACAGCAGUUCUGUGGAGACUUACGCAUUUUUUGACAAUGGAAGUUCGGCAACCUUCUGUUCGGAGUCUCUAUUGAAGCAACUGAAAGCCGAGAGUAAAGAGAUCAGGCUGUCGAUGACUACUGCGUCCGUCGAUAAUCAGCAGCUGAACAGCCGUGUGGUCAGGGGCCUUGCGAUUUCGGACAUGAAUGGCGAUAUCUGCAUUCAGCUGCCUCCGACAUACACCCUCAAAUCCAUUCCCGUGAAGUCAGGAGACAUGGCAUCGAACGACGAGUUGAAGCAGUGGACUUACCUGCAGGACAUCCAGCUGACAAGAAUCGACGCUGAGGUUGGCCUGUUGAUUGGUAGCAACUGUCCUGAAGUGCUCCAGCCCCUGGAGGUGAGGCGUAGUGAAAAUGGUGGACCAUUUGCUGUUCGUACUGCGCUUGGAUGGGUCAUCCAGGGUCCAAGGCGAGGCUACCAAGCGGAGGCCGAGGAAGUGAAAGUAAACCGCAUUCAAGCCGCUAGGGAAAAUUCAGAUCUGCAUCGUAGCUUCAUCGAUCUUUACAAUCAGGACUUUAGAGAUCAUGGCAGCUCUGUAGAGGUGGGUCUGUCCAGGGAAGACCAGUUGUGGCUGAAAGAGGUGGAGAAUGGAGUGCGGCACGUGAACGGACGCUAUGAAAUUCCACUUCCACUUCGGAAUGCGGGUGCCUUUCCCAGCAAUAAACAACAAGCGGAGCGUCGUGCAGAGGGUCUGAGGAAGCGGAUGCUGCAGAGCGAGAAAUAUCUGACUGACUACAAGAAGUUCGUGAAUGAGCUGGUUGAAAGGGAUUAUGCAGAGAAGGUGUCUAAAGAAAAUAGGGGUGCGCACUUGGGAAGAACGUGGUACAUGCCGCACCAUGGCGUCUAUCAUCCCAUGAAGCCGCAGAAGAUUAGAGUUGUAUAUGACUGUUCUGCGAGCUAUAAGGGCGUGUCGCUGAACGACAGGCUUCUGCAAGGACCCAAUUUGACAAGUUCGUUAGUUGGAGUACUCUUAAGAUUUCGCCAAGAACCGUUUGCCCUCAUGGGAGACGUGGAGAAGAUGUUUUACCAAGUCCGUGUACCUGUCCAGGACAGGAGUCUGCUUCGAUUCCUUUGGUGGGCUGAAGGGGAUUUGUCUCAACAGCUGGAGGAAUACCAGAUGAACGUCCAUCUGUUUGGAGCAGCUUCAUCACCAUCAUGCGCAAACUUCGCACUACGAAGAACAGCCCAGGACUUUGGUGAUCUGUAUCGACCUGAUGUGGCAAGGUGCAUAGAGAGGAAUUUCUAUGUAGAUGAUUUUCUGAAAUCUGCCGCAACUGAAGACGAAGCAGCUGACAUCGCGCUACAGGUUCGUGAUUGUUGUGCCAGAGGAGGCUUCAAUUUGACUGGGUUUGUAAGCAACAGUGAGAAGGUCAUGUCGCGUCUCCCGCAGGCAGAUUGUGCACUGACUCGCACAAUGAGCCUCUCUUGUGGUACGCCAUCUUCACAGAGGGCACUCGGAGUGCAAUGGGACAUCAUCAAUGACACCAUGAGUUUUCGUGUCGAGGUUGAUCCAGGACCACCUACGAGAAGAGGAAUCUUGUCUACCGUCAGCGCCGCCUAUGAUCCUUUGGGAUUAGGCGCUCCAUUCAUUUUGCCAGCGAAGUUCAUCCUCCAGGACCUGUGUCGUCUUAACUUGGGAUGGGAUGACACUAUCCCUGAAGAGCAUGCUGAGAGAUGGACGCAAUGGUGCAACGACCUGAAGGAGCUGAAACAGUUCAGUGUGAGCAGGAGUCUGUCACCUGCUGACUGCAAGGCGGUGAGUCGUCAGUUGCACCACUUUGCGGACGCCAGUGAGAGAGGAUACGGCACUGUCAGUUACAUCAGACUGGUGGACGAAGAAGGGAAGAUUCGCACGUAUUUGCUGAUGAGCAAAGCAAGAGUGGCACCGUUAAAAGUAUGCACUAUCCCUCGGCUCGAACUCUCCGCAGCUGCCCUAGCCGUUCAGAUGAACACCCUGUUGCUAUCGGAACUCGAAGUACCGAUGGACGCCGUCUUCUUCUGGACAGAUAGCAUCUCAACCCUCAGAUAUAUACAGAAUAAGACCUCGAGGUUUCAAACCUUCGUGGCGAACCGCCUCUCGAUCAUACAUGCUGGCUCGAAUCCCAAUCAGUGGAAGUACGUGCCGUCAUCUCUCAAUCCUGCUGACGACGUGUCACGUGGUCUCACGGCGCGACAGUUCCUCGACUCCAAACGUUGGACUGAUGGCCCUGAGUUCCUCAGCGGGCAGAUACACGUCUGGCCUGAUCAAACCAGCGCACUGCAAUCAGUAGAAGGCGAAGAACCCGAAGAGAUCAAGAAAGUGACGGUGAAUGCUGCUCGUGUAGAUGAAGACGAUCCUACCUCACAGCUUCUGAACAGAUUUUCAGAUUGGCACAGGCUAAAAAAGGCAGUUGGAUGGCUGCUUCGAAUCAGAACUACGCUUCUCAUCCGAGCGAAAACGAGAAAGAAGUUAAAUGAUGGCACGGAAGACGUGCAGAGCCAAAACGUUUCUGCGCGCCUCACUGUGCGCGACCUUCAGGACGCAGAAUCUGCAAUCAUCAGAUUCGUACAGCGACGGGUCUUCCCUGAGGAGUUGACCAGAACUCAUGUGAAGAAAGGCAGCCCUCUGUAUCGCCUUAGUCCACUCGUAGUCGAUGGGACUCUGACCGUCGGAGGUCGUCUGAAGAACAGUGGGCUUUCAGAUCUGGUGAAACAUCCAAAGAUUCUUCCCAAGCAAGGCCACGUCACAGACCUGAUCAUCCGUGACAUGCACGAAAGAACUGGUCAUCAGGGACGGGAACAUGUUCUAGCGGCCUUGCGCUGCGAGUAUUGGAUUGUGAGCGGGAACACAGCUGUCCGCAGAGUUCUGUCCCAGUGUGUUGGGUGCCGGAAACGACAGGCUGGCGUCGUCACCCAGGUGAUGUCUGAUCUACCAGAGGAACGUGUAAUCCCAAACGAACCUCCUUUUACGCGUGUUGGUACUGACUACUUCGGGCCAUUUUUCACAAGAAGCGGCAGGAAGCAGAUGAAGAGAUACGGCGUGCUGUUCACUUGUCUCACAACCCGCGCUGUGCAUAUCGAGAUUGCUGACAGCCUGGACAUCAGCUCCUUCAUCAGUGCACUGCGUCGCUUCCAGGCAAGGCGAGGUCAAGUCAGGCAUAUCCGCUCUGACAACGGAACUAACUUCAUCGGCUCCGAUCGAGAACUGCAAGAAGCGGUAAAGAACCUGAACAGAGACCAGGUUCACGAAUUUUUGUUGAAAAGAGGCAUCAAAUGGGUAUUCAACGCGCCAGGCGCUUCGCAUCAUGGGGGUGUGUGGGAGCGGCUUAUCAGGACUUUCAGAAAGAUAUUAGGCGCGCUUCUCAAAGAGCAGACUCUGACUGAUGAGUCACUCCGUACGCUGACGUGUGAAGUCGAGGCUGUGAUGAACAGUCGACCCUUGACACCAGUUUCCAGCGAUCCAGCAGAUCUGGAACCACUGACGCCGAACCAUCUGCUGCUGCUCCAAGGAUGUGCUGAACCCUGUGGCGUGUUUGAUGAGCAGGACACGUACUCCAGACGACGGUGGCGCCAGGUGCAGUACCUGGCAGACGUUUUCUGGAGACGCUGGAUGGCAGAAUAUCUGCCUCAGCUGCAGCAAAGACAAAAGUGGAUGAAGGUCAAGAGGAAUCUGUCUGUCGGCGACCUGGUCUUGAUCGUCGAUCUGAAUCUACCCCGACCACAGUGGCCUCUGGGUCGGGUGACUGAAGUGUUCCCAGAUGCACAGGGUCAAGUCAGGACUGUGACAGCUAAGACCGCCAGAUCUGUAUUCAAGCGGCCCAUCUCCAAACUGGUACUGGUGCAGGAAGCGAUUGUGUGAGCGCCGGACGUCCUUACCUGCCCUUGUUGUUGAACCUGUGUUGGUUCAAGGGGGAGGGUGUUGGCGCAGCGUAUCCGGCGCCGAUACUUCGGCUGACUGAUCCUCGGAAGUGGAAGAACCAGCGGUUUGCAACGAACGAGUUUGUUUGUGUAUUGUGGAACCAGCCGGCUCAGCUUUCGCUCAGCUGACCGUGUCAUUCCGCAAAUGUCUUUGUUUGCUUAGUUUGUUUAGUUAUGUGUUAUUUUGAAAGAUUUUGUCAACGGCUAAAUUAAAUAAUUAUAGUGGACAGGGCAGAACCUCGAAACCACUUUUACACUCUCACUCGAUCAUGUUCAGUUCAAAUAUAUCGUCAAGUUCAUUUCAAAUAAAUCACAAGUGAUGA